AUGAAAGAAGGUGCAGGAACGCUGUCGGAAAUUCACCAAUCUGCGAAGAAACUUCUGCUUAGAUCUCGUGACGGCCUCGAACGUCUUGAACGCCUCGAGUACUCUGCCACCGCCGGCAUUGGCGCCGAUGCAGAGCUGUCGUUCGCCGUUAAGAAGGAUAUCACUCAGGUCCAAUCCCUCUGCGUCGAGAUGGACCGCAUCUGGCGAUCUAUUGCCGCAAAACCUCAACGCGAUCUCUGGAAAAGAAAAGUUGAACAAAUCGCUGAAGAGGCUGAAUCAUUAAGAGAAAGUUUGGAUAAAUAUAACUUACGGAAUCAGAAACGGAUGAGAGAAGCUAGGGAGAGAGCAGAACUGUUGGGACGAGCUAAUGGGGAUUCUGCUCAUGUUUUGAGAAUUUUUGAUGAGGAGGCCCAAGCAUUACAGUCAGUUCGCACUUCUGCCCGGGAACUAGAAAAUGCAAAUGCAAUUGGGGAGGCCAUCCUUUCUUCAAUACAUGGUCAAAGAGAACGGUUGAAGAGUGCACAUAGAAAAGCAUUGGACAUCCUCAAUACAGUUGGGAUAUCAAACUCUGUUUUGAGGCUAAUUGAGAGACGAAACCGAGUGGACCAAUGGAUCAAAUAUGUCGGAAUGCUAUUGACUGUCAUUUUCCUGAUCGCCUUUGUUUACUGGAGACACUGA